UCAUCAGGGCGUUUCAGGCAACGCUCGGAUAUACAGCAGCUGCCUCCCCCUUUAUCUCGUCUCGGAAUUGUUCCACCCUGAACGGGACAACAGUUCCUUUUCAUACAGACGACAUGAAAUGUUGAUGUGGUAAAAAUGAACAAACCCAAAAUGGCCACAGAGAAGGGUGUUCCCAGUAACUCCAGGGUACUGAUGCUCCUGGGCCAACUAGAGAGGAUGAAUGGAGAGGCCAUGGUGAGGGAUGUGGAAACGGCAAGACAGGUCACUACAAAGAUCCUUCAUCUCAUACAGACGCAAGAGAAGAGUGGAAAAGAAGUCAUGUCCAAAAGCUCCAGUGGCAUGGAAGUCAUCCUGGCUUCUCUGGAGAAUACCAGGGAUGUCCAGACCACACUGAACAUCCUGUACAUUCUUAGUGAGCUGCUAACUGUGGGCCGAGGUCGCAGGGUGGGAGUAUUUGUGUCCAAAGGAGGAACAGGAAUAUUAUUCCAGAUUCUGAUCACUGCCAGUAAAGAUUUACCUCCCAGUGAGGAACUCAUGCUGCAGCUUCACUCCCUGCUGGCCAAGGUUGGCCCCAAAGACAGAAAGUUUGGUGUGAAGGCACGUUUGAGUGGAGCUCUGAACGUCACCAUCAACUUAAUGAAACGGAACCUACAAAAUACCAAACUUCUUCUGCCCUGCCUGCAGGUUCUCAGAGUUUACUCUACCAACUCGGUGAAUGCUAUUUCUUUGGGCAAGAAUGGUGUGGUCGAGCUGAUGUUCAAAAUUGUCGGCCCUUACUGCAAGAAGAACACAAGCCUGCUCAAGGUAGCUCUGGACGCCCUGGGAGCACUGCUCAAAUCCAAAACUAAUGCUCGUCGUGCAGUGGAUGGCGGCCAUGUGCCUGUCUUGCUUGCUCUGUACCUGGAUUGGCAUCGCAAUGACACUCGGCAUCGCCACAUGCUGAUUCGCAAAGGGCUGCUGGUCUGCCUCAGGAACAUCACCAACAUCAAACUGGGCAGAAAGGCGUUUAUAGAGGCUGAUGGCAUGAGGAUCCUCUACAACUCAUCGACUGAGUGUCUCCCUGUGCGAACUCUGGAUCCUCUGGUCAACACUUCAAGUCUCAUCAUGAGGAAGUGUUUUCCUAAGAACCGUCUGCCUCUGCCCACCAUCAAAUCAGCCUUCCAUUAUCAGCUGCCACAUGUACCUGCUGUAGGGCCUGUAGCACAGCUGUACAGCCAGCCUCCUGGGGUGGAUGAUGUGGUGGAUGAAAGCGACGACAACGAGGAGACCGAGGCAGACUCAGAUACUGAGAAUGAAGAGGAUGAGAAGGAUCAUCGCUCUGCGAAUGAUGACAUUGAAACCGACCUAAACAAGCUACAUCCCAAAAAGACUCCUGGCCGUCCAUUCGAAGAGUUGAGGCUCUAUGAGAGGUUUUUCCUGGAGCUAUCUGAAGACUUUCAGGGGUUUAACUUUGAAUGCUCAAAGAAUACCUCCACCACAUCUUCGUCAGCAUCCUUCUCCUCAUCAUCAGCCUCGACUCGAUCCACUCGGCCAAUCAUAGUGCCCACAGCUCAAGCCCUGUCCCCAAAGACCAUCCCCAUACCAAGCUCUCAGGAGGACUGCAACUCUAUUAAACACACUCAGCCACCUCCCUCUGCUCCCACUCCCAUCCCUCCCGUUCCUCUAACACCUCUCGAACUGGACACGAUCCACCUGACCAAGGACCAAGACAAAAAAGAGGAGGCCCACAUUCCUACUCCAGAUGGGCAUACGACCUUCACCAGGCCUCCUUCUCAAGGGCAGAGGAUUGAACAGGAACUAGCUCAUGCAUUGGAGUGUGCCUCUCUAGACGAGGAUAGGGCUCUGAAUGCAGAAGAAGGAUUAAAGGGAGUCAAGCAAGAGGGCUCUCCAGUCAACGCGACAAGGCACAUACAGUCUCCUCUGCUCUUGGGGGGCAUCGCUACACGCCGCGUGGGAGGUGGAGGCAGUAACUGGGGUUCAGAUUGUGGCUCAGAGGGUGCCGAGGAUGAGGGAGGGGAGGGAGCAGUCCUGGAGGUGCCGGACACGGCCCUCCUUCUGCCGCUGCAUGACCCUGACUUGUACGUGGAGAUGGUGAAGGGGACGCACUCUGUUCCACAGUACGCUGAAGUGGCUUACCCAGACUACUUUGGACAUGUAGCUCCAACAUUUAGGGAACCCCUCCUGGAGAGAGUUUACGGUGUACAGAGGUCCAAGAUAUUCCAGGACAUUGAGAGGUUGAUUCAUCCUAAUGAUAUCCUGGAUAAAGUAGUUUAUGACCUGGACAUUCCCAGUUGUCCUGUGAUUGAAGACAAUGGCGAGUCACUGAAGUUCAACUCUCAGUUUGAGUCUGGUAACCUCAGGAAGGCGGUGCAAGUUAGAAAAUUCGAGUAUGACCUUGUGCUGAAUUCAGACAUCAACAGUAAUCAUUACCACCAGUGGUUUUACUUUGAAGUGAGCGGCAUGCGCGUUGGAACCACCUACCGCUUCAACAUCAUCAACUGUGAGAAGUCAAACAGCCAGUUCAACUAUGGUAUGCAGGUGCUGAUGUACUCGGUGCAGGAGGCGAUCAGCGGCAGGCCUCGCUGGGUCAGAACAGGAACAGACAUCUGUUACUACAAGAAUCAUUUUGCAAGGAGUUCCAUUGCCGCUGGUGGUCAGAAGGGAAAGUCCUAUUAUACCCUGACCUUCAGCACAAACUUCAGCCACAAGGAUGAUGUCUGCUACUUCGCCUACCAUUACCCUUACACAUACUCUACACUUAAGAUGCACUUGUCCAAACUGGAGGCUUUAAGAACACCUCAGAUCUACUUGAGACAGGACGUACUGUGUGAAACCCUCGGAGGAAACAGCUGCCCUCUUCUCACCAUCACUGCCAUGCCAGAGUCGAACUCCAAUGAUCACAUCUGUCAGUUUAGGAAUCGUCCAUUGAUCUUCUUGUCGGCCAGAGUGCACCCCGGAGAGACCAACGCCAGCUGGGUAAUGAAGGGCACGCUGGAGUUCCUGAUGGGCACCAGCCCGCUGGCAGCCAGCCUGAGGGAGGCUUACAUCUUCAAGAUUGUCCCCAUGCUCAACCCUGAUGGAGUUGUAAAUGGAAAUCAUCGUUGUUCUCUGAGUGGAGAGGAUUUGAAUCGCCAGUGGCAGAAUCCCAGUCCUGAGCUCCACCCCACCAUCUACCACACUAAGAGCCUGCUGCAGUACCUUGCACACAUACAAAGGGCACCACUGGUGUUCUGCGACUACCAUGGUCAUUCCAGAAAGAAGAACGUGUUCAUGUACGGCUGCAGUGUGAAAGAGACAGUCUGGCAGUCCAAUAUUAGUGCAACAUCGAGUUACUUACAGGAGGACCUUGGAUACAGGGCGCUUCCUAAGAUCCUGUCCCAGAUCGCCCCAGCCUUCAGCAUGGCGAGCUGCAGUUUUGUUGUGGAGCGCUCCAAAGAGUCAACUGCCCGAGUAGUUGUGUGGAGAGAGAUCGGCGUACAACGCAGCUACACCAUGGAGAGCACGCUCUGUGGCUGUGACCAGGGCAAAUAUAAGGGUCUUCAGAUCGGCACCAGGGAGCUGGAGGAGAUGGGAGCUCAGUUCUGCAUGGCCCUGCUCAGGCUGAAGAGGCUGACGGGCCUCCGCAACCACCAACACCUGCUGGAUUUGGAAAGCGAUAUCAUUGGGACGCAGACUAAAGUGGCCAGCAGCUGCUCCACCACCUAUGUACUGGAGGAAGACGAGCCGUCCUUUCUGGAAGCGAUAGACUACAGCGCAGAAAGCAACGACGAGGAGGCGGAGCCUGAAAACGAGCACACUGGCGAAGUUCACGAGCAUCCCGAUCAGCUGUCGGACUCUGAUACUAAUCACAGGGACCAGUGUUGAGGUGUUCGUCUCCUCCACACCUGGCAGUUUGAGCUUUUAACCAGCCAGUGCCUGGGUUGAUAGCUGGUCUAAAAAAACAUAAACACACAGGUCAAAUAGUCAGAACCCGCACCUCUCACUUUGACUGGUGGAUAAAUAGAUUAGAUUUACACCUGACCCUAUUGUAUAGACACUUAACAAUGGUACGUAGGCACCCCUCAGGUGCUCUUCUCCCAGACGGAUUUGUUUUGCUGGAGCUGACCAGUCGCUCCUGUGCUCCACCUGCCUUUCACUUCUGAUGGACUGAUAAGAGGCACAGUAAGAAUCAGGAUGGAUUUCAAUGAAUGUUUCCACCUUUCACCACUAUACUAUAACCUUCAUGAACUGUAAACCUUGACCUCAGACACCAUAUAGCCUCUGAGAUUCACAUAUAGCUAUCCAGAGCUGCAAACAGCAGGCAACGCCGAUGCUUAACUUGAACCCUUGUUCACUUAUCCUUUUUUCCAAAGUCAAUCUUACAGUGAAGCGACUUUCCAGGGCUGUGCUAGUGUUAUAGACCCAGUGGCUUCUCUAGUUUUUAAAUCCUCUCUCACCUGUGAGAUGAAAACACUCUUCCAGGUGAUGGAGGGAAACUGGAUCUCCCCCCCACCGACCAGCUUAGAGAUCCAAUCACCUGCCUUCUUAUUUCCUUUAUUCAGUCUUACCCUGCACUUUAACUUUAUACUCCUUUAGUUGGUUUAGGCCUUCGUUGCUUCCCUCCUUCUUUGCUUCUGUUUUUUUUCUUUCCCCCCCCGACAAGCCAAGGUAUCUGUGUCUAAAUGGGAUGCAGGGACGACCAAACAGCUCUCAUAUCUUAACAUCCCAAGUGUCUCAUGCAGAAAAACCUACUCAGAUGUUACUACACUUGAGCCGUGACCUCACUUCUUCUCCUCUGUAAAACGCCUCCCUCUUCGGCCACAUGGUCCGAUCGCCCAUGUGCUGUUUGCCUUGCUUUAUCCAAAACUAUAUCACACAAACGUAGAAUGUUCACGUCUUUACGACAGACCUUGUACAGUACAUGAGAUGCAGAUGUAAACACCACAAACUAACACAGGUAAUGGUUUGAGUUCCUUCAUCGUCAUCAUCAUCACGCACAACAGUUUAAAAAGGAAUGUAUAAUAUCCACGUGCACUCUUGGUGUUUUUAAAAUUGUAGACGGUAACUAUAAAAGCUGUAACGAACAAGACGCAUGAGCCGCAGAGAGCAGGAGACCCUGUUGCACUUUGGACAAACACUAUACAUGCAAAACAAAGAAACUGAACAAAGAGUCACUUUACACGUCACAGUUUGCAAAAACCUCAACGUCAGUCACCUCAUUAGUUUUAAGUUCUCGGAGUCAGAGUAAUGUUUUAAAAGCUAUACUGGAAUUUAGUUUCCUUUUUAUCCCUCCCUCAUGUGUGUACAUUUUGUGGAUUUACUUAGGAGAGACCCGUGCAUUAAAAAACAAAGACGGUGCUGUGUAUCAAGAGUAUAAAAGAGGUUGUUUUCUUUCUCCAUUUAUGGAGAUGAGGUAUGUUUCUGUUGCAUUUGUACAAAUAGCGCAUGGCUCUUUUUUUGUUUUUUUAAUUUAUUAAAUAUUGUUUCUGGGAUGCAUCCUGUAUGUGUGUGAGUCAUUUUCAGUGUGCGAGCGAGCACUGUGUCUGUCUGUCUGUGUGUGUGUGUGCAGGAGUUUAAGUUAUUCCAUUAUUCAGCCGGGCUAAUGCUCUUAAAGUGUGUUUCUUCUUUCAAUUUGAUUAUCCACUCUCACUCUCCUUCACUCCCCCAAUAAUUUUCUCUCUCUCUCUCUCUUCUUCCUUCUAAACCCCCCUUUUCUCUCUCGUCAUUUUUAUGUCUUUCUCUCGGCUCUACUUCCUUUCAAAUUUUUGCUCGUGAACAUCUUAAAAAAAACCCAGAGACGCUAUUGUGCUGGGUUUGUGUAUGUGUGUGUGUGUGAGGAAUACGUGUAAUGUAUGUGGAAAUAAUGUCAGUACAAAUACGAGAAUUGCUGUUAUAUUUAUGUUUGUAGCAGUUUAUGUCGACACAAUGCUGGGCUACUUUUUGUUAUGUUGGGAGGUAAACAAGUGGAGAUAGCAGCUCAUUUUAAGUUGAUUGUAACGCAGAAAACUGAAGCUACGAGUGUAGACGUGGGAAAUAAAAUGUGAAUAUAGCAAACUGC